AUGGUGCUCAUCGACAAUGGAUCCGAUAGCACUUUGAUCACCAAACGCUUCGCCAUAAACCUUAACAUCACCACCCGGCCAUCUUCCCUGACGAUCAGCACGGUAAAAAGCACCAAGGUGACGUCCGCCUAUCAAGCAAACGUGAUGUUGGUUUCACUAGAUAAUGAUGAACGAGAAGAGGUGACGGAAGCUUUCGCCAUAGCCGACUUGCCUAUGAGAGCAGUGGAAUCGAUCAGGGAAUUAGCAGCGCUAUGGCCGCACCUGCGAGACUUGUGUUUUGAAGAAAUCGACUCUCCCGAAGUCGAUUUGCUAAUAGGGUAUGACGUGCCCGAAGCAUACUGGGUCCUCUAUCAGAGACUUGGCGGCAGGAAAGAACCAUAUGGCGCUCGUACCAUGUUCGGUUGGACGUUGUUUGUACCGCUUCACACGACAAAUCGUAAACCGUUAUCCGUUAACUUCACCACUACUACUGCUGGCAACUAUACGAUCGAACAAGCACUCCAAAGGAUGUAUGAUAAUGAAUUCGAUGAUUUGAACGACCAGAAAGAGGGGCCGUUGCGAAGAAGACAACCAGACGUUAGCAAUAGUCCAAACAGGGACGUGGUGCCUGCCCGACCGGUUCGAGGUGCCGUUGCCAUGAAGGACGGGAUACGACCGUUUGCCGAACAAUCACGGGAUAGCCUUAAAAGGGUCAGAGUACUUUAA